AUGGAUUCUCCGUUGUGGAUGAAUGAAGAUGUGACUGUACGGCAAUGGCGUAUCGAGAGUGCCGAGCAAUUGGGUUGUGUUGUGAGGCAUUUGGCUGAGCUAUUAAUAGAAAAGAUUCCGCUGGUUGCUGUGAAAUGGACGCAACUUUCGAUGGCCAUGGCAUUGUCGAUAUCAAACCGACAUAUCGCUGGUCGAUGCUUUCAGAUCGCAUCUGCUUUAUGCCAGUCUCCCUCUCCGUGGAUUCCAGGCGUUUUGUCACGUCUUGUUGAAACGAUAGGUGAGCAACACGAGGAUACGCAGUCGUACGUAACCGAUUUGAUGUUGUGUCUGCACACGACCGUAUCGCAUUUAGCAUUCGUAGUACCACAGUCCAUCAACACCACACAGUCACCGCAGCACUCUCGCUCGGUAUCGUACACACCUGCAUUGCUGAGGCAGACAGCCAUCGCAACUGCUUCGAAUGCGUUAUCACCUACACACGAUCGGAAAGGUUUGUUAUUAUUGUCGUGUUGA